CCCUUCUCUGCAAAGAAAAUCUUCCGCUAGAUCAUGUCGACGAGCUCGAACACCGAAGCUGAUGCUGGUGCCAGCCCGGGCAUCAGGCGGUGCGCCGCGUGCAAGAACCAGCGCAGGAGGUGCUCCCAGGACUGCAUCCUCGCCCCCUACUUCCCGGCAUCGGAUCCCCAGAGAUACGCCAGCGUGCAGAGGGUCUUCGGCGCCAGCAACGUUGCAAGGAUGCUCCAGGACCUCCCAAUCCACGAGCGCGGCAAGGCGGCGGACAUAAUGGCGGUGGAGGCGCACCGGCGGGUGCAGGACCCGGUGUACGGCUGCGCGGGGAUCGUCAGCCGCCUCCAGGGGGAGAUCAGAGCCGUGCAGUGCGAGCUGGCCAGGACCCAGGCCCAGAUCGCCGUGCACGCCACCGCCGCGGCUCGCGCGCGGCCAGCGGUGGGCACCGCCCAGCUGAACGCGCCGGCACAAGCCGCUCUGACUCAGCAGCAGCAAGAGCAAGACGAUGCGCUGGUGAUGCAGCAGGACCCGUUCCAAGGGUUGGAUGCCCUGCUCGUUGAUGAUUACAGUGUGGAUGUUAAUCUGGUUGAUGAUGAGAUGAACACUGACUAG